UAGGAGGCACUGGCUGCUCUGGGACUCUGGUGAGCGCGGCGGUUGCUGGUGGCUUCUUUGCAGAUGUAUUGCUGACCUUGAACAUCGUUCUAUUUGAAGAUUGCAGGAGAGCUUAGCCGUCAGUAUGUCCAAGUACAGACUUAUUAUACUGAGACAUGGUGAGGGUGCUUGGAACAAGGAGAACAGAUUUUGCAGCUGGGUGGAUCAGAAACUUAACAGCGAAGGACUGGAGGAAGCUCGGAAUUGUGGGAAGCAACUCAAAGCACUCAACUUUUAGUUUGAUCUUGUGUUCACGUCCAUCCUUAAUCGGUCCAUCCACACAGCCUGGCUGAUCCUGGAAGAGCUGGGACAGGAAUGGGUCCCCGUGGAAAGCUCCUGGCGUCUAAAUGAGCGGCACUACGGGGCCUUGAUUGGGCUCAACAGGGAGAAAAUGGCUUUGAAUCAUGGUGAAGAGCAAGUGAGGCUGUGGAGGAGAAGCUACAAUGUGACCCCACCCCCUAUUGAGGAGUCCCAUCCAUACUACCAUGAAAUCUACAAUGACCGGAGGUAUAAAGUAUGUGAUGUUCCCUUGGAUCAGCUGCCUCGAUCUGAAAGCUUAAAGGAUGUUCUGGAGAGACUUCUGCCCUACUGGAAUGAAAGGAUUGCUCCUGAAGUACUGAAAGGCAAAACCAUUCUGAUAUCCACUCAUGGAAAUAGCAGUAGAGCUCUCCUGAAACAUCUGGAAGGUAUCUCAGAUGAAGACAUUAUCAAUAUCACUCUUCCUACCGGAGUCCCCAUUCUCCUGCUGCUGGAUGAGAACCUACGCGCUGUUGGGCCUCACCAGUUCCUGGAUGACCAAGAGGCCAUCCAAGCAGCCAUUAAGAAAGUGGAUGACCAAGGCAAAGUGAAACAAGCCAAAAAAUAAAGAUUUUACUACAUGGUGGCCGGCCAGGAAUAGAUGUGCCAUGCAUUGUGUUACGGGUGCUGAUUUCUCUCAUUGUCCCCUGAUUUUUUUCAGAUAUUUCCAAGGUUAGGUGGUAGUUUGUAAGUUUAUUUUGGUCCAGAUAAUGCUUAAAGAUGCAUAAAUACUUAUGUCAUAGCCUUAGGGGUUGACUUCC